AUGGCAGCUGCAGAGUCUCAACCUGGACCUCAGGCUGUUUCCCCUUGCCAAGACGGUGAAGAUAGUGGUAGUUGUGCUGCUCGUACUUCUGCUGCAUCUGGACACGCUGCUAACAGUUGCGGAGAUGGUGGUAGUGGUAGUUGUCCUGCUGCUGGUGCUGCUGGUGGUGUUGAAUGUACUCAAGGUUCUACGUGUAAUUCUAACUCCAGUAUACGUAACGCUGCUCGUACGGAAUGUGCGGACUCUCCUUCUGGGGCGGAUAGUUGCCCUACCAAUGAUGUUAACACUCAAGCGAGUUGCGGUGCUGGUGAGACUAAUUGUAAACCCAAAUCACAAGAAGAGACUGAUGCGAAACCAAAUGCAAAUCAUGGAAUUAAUGGUAGCGAACAUCAAGGUCCCGAUGGUCAAAGUCGUUCUGAAAGUGACCGCGGUUCUGUUUCUGAUUCACAGCGUGGCGAUCGUUCCAAUCCAACUGUUGCUGUUCUUCCUCCUGCUGAAAAAGAAACUGCGGAAACUCAAAGUGUAAACGGUUCACAAGACGCUGGUUCUUCUUCUCCCGCUGCGGGUACUGGCGGUGCUCCUGCCGCUGACGGUCAAACUGAAAGCAAUGUGGCCAGUACAACCGAAGAAGGUGGAUCUAAACAGGGAGAUGAAACAGUACAACCUUCUCCUUCUCCCACAACUUCAGACAAAGAGAGUGGUGAUGGUUCUGAUGCUGCAAACGCUGGGAAUGACAGUACAACAACGGGGAGUGUAUCAACAAACAACCAAGACGGUGCGGGAAAUGCAGACACAGACACAGACACCACCACAACAACAACACUUCCUCCUGAACUCUCAAACAACAAGAAGGGUGAUGCAGACAGCAGCAGCAGUAUCAGCAGUUCUGUGUGGGUGCGUGUGCCUCUACUGAUUGUGGCUGUGUUGUUUUCCGCUACUGCGUACUGA